AUAUUGCUUCGGCUAUUUAUUAUUAAUCCCCCCUUCUUUUCCCUCUCUGGGGCGCUCCCCCGCCCUAGGCACCCGCCUCCAGCCCCUCGCCUCUUCCUCCUCCCGUCUUUUUAUCGCGCUCUCCGGCUGGGGGCUCCUAAGCCUGGGGAGAGUUCACGCCGGUUGCCCCCCUCGCCGGCUCGCUCGCUCGCUCGAUCCCCCUCCCGCCCCCUCCCCCGACCCCCCCCUCCUCCUCCUCCUCCUCCUCCUCCAGCGCCGCCGCCUCCCUCCCCCCCCUUUCCUCUCCUCCUCCUCCCCUUAUCGCCCCCUGUGUUGUGCGAGGAAGCAGAUUUGCUAAGAGACCCACUUGCGAAAGAAACGGGAGUAGCAUAAGGCGCGGGCAAGCGGCGGCGGCGGCGUCGACAGCAGCGGCGGCGGCAGCAAGAAGAGGAGGAGGAGGAGGAGGAGGAAGGGGGAACGAGAGCCGGAGUAGCCGCAGCCGCGGAGGAAAAGGAGGAGGAAGGGGGACAAGAAGAAAAGGAAGAAGAACUGGGGGACCGAAGAGGAGAAAGAAAAAAGAAGGCUCGAAGCAGCCGACGGCAAAGAGAGAGAAGCCGAGCGCAGAACACGCCGGGAGAGACUUCCGAUUUUGGGAGGGAGGGAGGAGGGGGUACGUGUGUGUGUGUGAGAGAGCGCGCGCGGGUGCGUGAGCGCGUGGAGGGUGCGUGUGCGAGGGGGAGCGCGCGCGCGUGUGGUUUUUGUUUGGUUCCUUCCCCCCCACGCCCCGUCUCUCUCUCGCUCCCUCUCUCCUCCUCCUCCUCCUCCUCCUCCUCUUCCCCGGUUGAUGUUUCUACAGCUUCGCCAAACUCCGAGCGGGGCAUCCGAUCCAAACCCCGCCAGGAGCAGGAGCCAGGCCGGGUCUCCGGGCCGGCGUGCGGAGCGCGGGAUCUUUCUGGGCUCGCCUGCGCCUCCUCCGAGCUGCUGCGAGCUUUCGCCCGGCUUGCUUUCCAUGGCUUUUCUGAAUGGCUGACUGCGGGCUUCGCUGGAUCUGGCCCCCAGACGCCCGCCCCUGCUCUUGCUACUCGGGUCGGCUCCAAGAGAGAGAGGGAGGGAGAGACCUUUGAAGAGAAGCGCUCUCUCUCUCUCUCUCUCUCUCUCUCUCUCUCUCUCCCUCCCCAGGCGUCCCCUUUUGUAUUUUUUUUUACUUUUCUUCCUCUUUUGCUAACAGACAAUCGCCUCGCGCCUUCCUCCUCCUCCUCGCCUCCUCUUUCUUUCUUUUUCUUUUCUCUCGUCCACCCGUUCGCGUUCCCCCUUUCCUUUUCAGUCCACUUUCGCGUGCGUGCCUGCUGUUUGUGUGUAUGUCUCUGCGUGUGUGUGUGCGCGCGCGCCUCCCGCAUUUAUUUACUAUUUUGCAAGGACGGGGGAGCCACACAACCUUUUCUACCACCGCCCCUCCGCAAAAAGCAUUAAAUUAAACUGAACGGAAGGACCCGGAAAGGGAGGAAAAAACAAAACAAGUAAGCAAACGAGGGGGAAAAAAAAGAAAAUCACCACCACCACCAACGCGCCCCCUUCCACUCCAGCAACUUCCAGCCAAGAAAAUAAGAAUAACUUGCCAACGUGAACUGCGAGAGAAAAAGGCUGGGGGGGGAGCAAAUAAACUAAAAUAAAAGUGGACCCCCGUUCUCCUUAGACCUCCGCAGCUCUCUCCGGCUCAAACGGCAGGCGCAACCCGCCGGGGAAGCGGAUCCGCCGGCCACAGCAAGCGACGGGGGGGCGCGCGAUUUGGCCACGGUGUCCCUUAGAUAUGGCAAUGGUAGUGGGCGCCUGGCGAGACCCGCAGGACGAUGUGGCCGGCCCGCAAGGAACGCAGCCUUCGCAAGCCCCCCCUGUGCCGGGAGCCCCGACGGGCGCCCCCCAUACCCCACAGACGCCGGGCCAAGGAGGGCCUCCCAGCACCCCGGCUCAGACCAACCCGGGCAACCAGCAAAACCAAGGGGAGAAGCAGCAGCAGCAGCAGCACAUCGAGUGCGUGGUGUGCGGGGACAAGUCCAGCGGCAAACACUACGGGCAAUUUACGUGUGAAGGCUGCAAGAGCUUCUUCAAGCGCAGCGUCCGGAGGAACCUUAGCUACACGUGCCGCGCCAACCGGAACUGCCCCAUUGACCAGCAUCACCGCAACCAAUGCCAAUAUUGUCGCCUCAAGAAAUGCCUGAAGGUUGGCAUGAGACGGGAAGUUUCUUCCUUAUUUACUGCAGCCGUCCAGAGGGGCAGAAUGCCACCCACACAGCCGACCCACGGCCAGUUCGCCUUAACCAACGGGGACCCCCUGAACUGUCAUUCGUACCUCUCCGGAUAUAUUUCUCUGUUGCUGCGGGCAGAGCCUUACCCGACUUCUCGCUUCGGCAGCCAGUGCAUGCAGCCGAAUAACAUUAUGGGCAUCGAGAACAUUUGCGAAUUGGCCGCUCGGAUGCUCUUCAGCGCCGUGGAGUGGGCCCGGAAUAUUCCUUUUUUCCCCGACCUCCAGAUCACCGACCAGGUGGCCCUGCUGCGGCUGACCUGGAGUGAAUUGUUUGUUCUCAACGCCGCCCAGUGCUCCAUGCCUCUCCACGUCGCCCCUCUCUUGGCAGCCGCCGGCCUCCACGCGUCGCCCAUGUCCGCCGACCGCGUGGUCGCCUUUAUGGACCACAUACGCAUCUUUCAGGAGCAGGUAGAAAAGCUCAAAGCCCUGCACGUGGAUUCGGCGGAAUACAGCUGCUUGAAGGCGAUUGUCCUCUUCACCUCAGAUGCGUGUGGUCUAUCCGACGUAGCGCACGUUGAAAGUUUACAAGAGAAGUCCCAGUGCGCGUUGGAAGAGUACGUGAGGAGUCAGUAUCCAAACCAGCCCACCCGUUUUGGGAAACUGUUGUUGCGCCUCCCCUCUCUUCGCACCGUCUCUUCCUCGGUCAUAGAGCAAUUGUUUUUCGUCCGUUUGGUAGGUAAAACCCCCAUAGAAACCCUUAUCAGAGAUAUGCUACUAUCUGGAAGCAGUUUUAAUUGGCCGUACAUGGCCAUCCAAUAAGAGAAAGGGGGAAAAAAUGUUGGAGAGAGGAAAAAAAACCCCACAAAUCAGAGAAUUGGACAAAGCAAAACAGAACAAAAAUGGAAAAUUUGGAACAGAGGAAUCGCGAGUGACAUUGGGUCUGGCGGUUGUUUAAACGUCCUUCAGUUAAGCAAGGAUGUAACAUCUUGGCUAAAAGAAGAGAGGAGAAUAAUUUGAAUGGACUAUAGAUUUUUUAAAAAGAGAGACUUGUUCAAUGGACUUUUUACAGAAUGCAUUAAAAUUCCCUUGUCUUUCACAAGUUACUAUUUCUCUCUCACUCUCUCUCUCUUUAAAAAGAAAAAAAGCUUUUUUUCUCUUUCUUCCUUCCUUCCUUCCUUCCUUCCUUUCUUUCUUUCUUUCUUUUUUGAGGGGGUGUUAAAACGUUGAAAUGCAAUCUCUCGCUAAAAGUGCAUUUUAAAAAAAGCAAAUCUGUAGAAAAUUAACAUAAUGGAAAAAAAAUUCUCUCUCUUCCUUUCUCUCUCUAUCUCUCUUUCCAAAUUACUGAUUUGUCCAACAUUGUCUGCGUACCUAUAAGAUUUUGUUUUGGCUUU